AUGUCUGGAUACGAUCGUGCUUUAACAGUUUUCUCACCUGAUGGUCACUUGUUUCAAGUCGAAUAUGCUUCUGAAGCUGUCAGAAAAGGAACUUGUGCUGUUGGUGUUCGUGGCAAAAAUGUCGUUGUUCUUGGUGUUGAAAAGAAGUCUGUUUUAAAAUUGCAAGAUCCCAGAACUGUUCGUAAGAUCUGUAUGCUUGAUGAUCACAUUUGUAUGGCCUUUGCAGGAUUAACUGCUGAUGCCCGUGUCUUGAUUAAUAAGGCUAGAAUUGAAUGCCAAAGUCACCGUUUAACUGUAGAAGAUCCUGUAACUGUCGAAUACAUCACACGCCAUAUCGCUCAAAUCCAACAAAAAUAUACCCAAAGUGGUGGUGUACGUCCUUUUGGUAUUUCUACCCUUCUUGUAGGAUUUGAUCACAAGGAGCCCAAGUUAUAUAUGACGGAACCUUCUGGUAUUUAUACUGCUUGGAAGGCAAAUGCAAUUGGUAGAAGCUCAAAGACAGUUCGUGAGUUUUUGGAGAAGAACUACAAUGAAGAUAUGGAAGAAAAUGAGACAGUCAAAUUAACCAUCAAAUCCUUGCUGGAGGUUGUUCAGACAGGUGCAAAAAAUAUUGAAAUCGUUGUCAUGACUUCAGAAGGAGAAGUUAAGGUACACAAGAGCGAAUGA